AUGGACGGUGUAGUACUGUUGACUCAUCGUUUGCCACCCCGCAGCCCUGUUGAUGUCCUACCACUGACGUGGCAUAGUAGAGCCCUUUCGCCGUUCCGUGAAGCCCGUGUGCCGUUCCGCGUGCCCCUUCGGGUCCACUCAGGGUACAUCCUCGUAGGUACAUGCUAUCCGAGACGUGAGACGAUCUCAUGCCCCAACUACCCGGUUCUGGAUAGCACCGAUAUCGAUACUCUGGUUCCUGUGACAGUACACUGCCUUGACUACCAUCCUCCCGGUCGUGGGAGCCUAGCUCUUCUGCUCCCUUUUUCUCUCCUCGAGACUACUCUCCAAUACGUCUGCCCCCUUCAUAAUACUGAAUAUUUCAACCUGCCGCUGCCGAAGCGCACGAAAGACAUGUGGCCGCCGGGAAGAGCGGCGGCCACGCCACCCGCACCGGCGAAUAAGAACCUGACGGUGCUGAAGCACAUAGGAAAGAAGUGGCUGCUACGCAGAGCGCCCACGCCAUCCACACUGACACCAACUACUAGCGCCACUGAAUUUACCAUUGAUACCACAUCGGUCACUAGCUGCCGCUCAAUGGAUCAGGACAGUCAAAGCUCCCAAUUUGUUUCGACGAAGAGAUAUCAGUUCUGGAAUCGCUCUCGAACAACUCAAAAUGCCGUCCUCGAGCUGGUCACUCUCGCAGGUACCAUCCUAGUCGAAGCUUCCCAGAUGACGCAAGGAGUUCCCUACGUGGAGUGCCUCGCCAAGGUCAUCGAAUACGUUGCCAAAGCUAGCAAAGAGCUACAGACGGUCAAAACGACGUUUAGUACGUUGAGUGAGCGGAUCAUCCGGUUACAGGGCAUCAUUGUCGGCGUCCGUGAAGAUAGCAAGAGGCAGGGUACCUUGCCAUUGGGCUUAGACGAUCCUUUCAGACUGCUCGAAAGGCUGCUAUCGCAGGUCAUCAAUUUCCUCUCUGGAAAAGAAGUGUCCCGGUUGAAACGCCUCACGCGGUUCUUGAACCGCAAGGACGUUCUAUGCGAUCUUCAGAAGUGCGAGUUGGAUAUAAAUCACGCUAUAGAGGAGUUUAAUACUCGUCUCAACAUCCAACAGACGCUUAUUGAGCAUGACAUGAAGAAGUCGCUGUCUGUGGUGGAGGAUAAAAUGGAUGCAGUGAAGAUGAUAACGGAAGAGCACGAAGUUCGGGAUCAAACUAGACACGUAGUAGUACUCAUUGUCUUGUUGAUAUCCGGAACCUCUGGCGGCUCGACAUUGGUCGUUUCAGCCGUUUUAUUUGGGAACCCUGUUCACGUUGGAGAGUCCGGAAGGCUCAAUCGGGAACACAUAAGAUGGUAA